AAUAUUCUUCCAAACGAAAAAAAAUGGCAAAAGCAUAAAUACCUUAUAGCGAUAUGUCAAUUUACCAUAAAACCAUACGAGUACUCACGGUUAUUGCUUUUUCGUUAUUAAAGAAAAGAGUGAAGGGUGUUUUCGUCAUUUCUCAUAUCCAUCGGGUCAAUAACGGAGAUUACCUAUCCGGUGACCUUAUCCCCUCGCCGGUGAGCGAAUCUCAGAUCCAAAAUUUUGCACUUUCUCCGAAUCUCAAAAUUCAAGCAAUCGGUCGACUUUCAUGGAGGACGACGACGAGAUUCAGUCAAUUCCAUCUCCGGGAGAUUCUUCUCUUUCACCACAAGCUCCUCCUUCUCCGCCGAUUUUACCAACAAACGACGUUACGGUGGCCGUCGUGAAGAAACCACAAACGCUAGUUUCUUCUCAAUCUCCGUCGAGGAACGCUUUAGCGUUAGUGGUUCAUACUCCUUCUGUAACCGGUGGUGGUAGCGGUAAUACCAGAAACGGACGAGGAGGAAGCGGUGGUGGUGGCGGAGGAAGAGACGAUUGUUGGAGCGAAGAAGCAACCAAGGUUCUAAUCGACGCUUGGGGAGAUCGAUUCUCUGAACCAGGUAAAGGAACUUUGAAGCAACAACAUUGGAAAGAAGUAGCUGAGAUUGUGAACAAGAGUCGUCAAUGCAAAUACCCUAAAACUGAUAUACAGUGUAAGAACAGGAUUGAUACGGUGAAGAAGAAGUAUAAGCAAGAGAAAGCUAAGAUUGCUUCUGGUGAUGGACCUAGUAAAUGGGUCUUCUUCAAGAAGCUUGAGAGUUUGAUUGGUGGUACUACGACAGUUGUUGCUUCUUCGAAAGCUUCGGAGAAGGCUCCUAUGGGAGGAGGUCUCCGUUCGAAUAUUUAUAAACGGCAAGCUAAAGGAAAUCAGAUUGUGCAAGGAGGGGAUUUGAAGAGAAGCUCUAAUUCGAUGCGUUGGCAUUUUAGGAAACGAAGUGCUUCUGAGACUGAGUCUGAGUCUGAUCCUGAACCUGAGGCUUCUCCUGACUCUGCUGAGAGUCUGCCACCGUUGCAACCGCCUCAACCGCUUUCGUUUCAUCUGCCCAAGCGGUUGAAGGUGGAUAAGAGUGGAGAUGGAGGGAGUGGAGUUGGAGAUGUGGCGAGGGCGAUACUUGGAUUUACGGAAGCUUAUGAGAAGGCGGAAACGGCUAAGCUUAAGCUAAUGGCGCAACUGGAAAAGGAGAGGAUGAAAUUCGCUAAAGAGAUGGAGUUGCAGAGAAUGCAGUUCUUGAAAACUCAAUUGGAGAUAACACAGAACAAUCAAGAAGAGGAAGAGAGGAGCAGGCAGCGAGGAGAAAGGAGGAUCGCUGACGAUGAUGAUCGCAAUGGCAAGAAUAACGGCAAUGUAAGUAGCUGACAAUUGAACACAAAUGUUCCUAUGAUAUUGCUAUGAUAAGCUGGAUUUAGGAUUCGAUGUUGUUGUUACCUUGUGGGAUGUGUAAAUGUAGAAGUUAUGACUCUGAUUUAUCAUUAUCAUGUUGUUGUUGUUGUUGUUUAUCCAUCGUGUCUGAAACAUGGGCAAAUUAAAAAGCUUUGAACUUGAAUAGCUUGUUGAAAA